AUAAUAUUCUAUUUCUAAAUCAUUAGUUUUAAAUAAAAUGAAUUACAUUUUUCUAAAGAAAAUUGUGUGAUAUGAUUUCCAUUACGCCGUUUUAUAUCAAUCACAGUCCAUAGUAUUAUGCAAUAAUUGCGAUGGUACAGCAACUCUAGCGCAUAUAUUAUACUGCACAGUAGGACUAACCGAGCAGUCCAAUUAUAGCCGGCUUUCUGUUAUAUGAUAUUGUAUUCAUGCUGAGAAGUUAUGUUUUUAAGAACGAUGUUAUGAUCGUUGAAGACAAGUCGACAGUUCCGCAACAAACUGAAUGUCUUGCGACCGUUAUACCUACUACACCCAUCGUUACUGACAGACGCGCUCCACACUCAGUCAGUACGUAUUAGGUACUGUAGUGCAAAACAACCUCAGUUUUAUUCAGAGCGUACUCUGUCCAUCCGGACGCUUGAAUUGUAAUAACGUAUUGUUAUCCCGUAAAGAGCGAGUAUUGACUAUAGCUUUCUCUUGCAUAUAAUUUCACGGUUGCUUGUCGCUUCCACGGAGGUAAGAGGUCAUACAACAAUAGGCGACGAUAGAAAUUGCUGCAAACAACAUGGCUGGAGUAGUCGCUAUAUUCUACCUCUUCUAUUUUCCCUGCCUGUUAUUUUCAGUUAGUGGUGAUGUGUGCAACAAUCAAGGGGAUAAUAUCUAUUGCCCUCCUCCAGACGAUUCCAGUUUGGAUUACUGCUGUGGCGAUCCUGACUUGGAGCGAUGCUGUUCGUAUCAAGAUCGUUAUGGAAUAACGAGCGUAGAUGACGGGCUUUCGGUUGGAGCGAUAGUUGGAAUCGUUAUUGGUUGUUUGAUCGCGUGUGUACUCAUCGGCCUAUUGGCGUUUUUCCUAAGAUAUGUCAAGAUGAAACUUGACGCGAGGGUAAUGGAACGGCGGUCGAUGCAACGACGGUCGUUAAAUCGGGGCUCAAUGAAUCGUGAAUCGCCUAAUCGUGGAUCAUUUCAAAGAACUAGCUUACGCACUUCAAAACGACGUGAUGACCGUGAACCGUUGAACACCAGAGAAAGUGCAGUGUUCACAGACGUUGGAUUAGCAAAUCCUGGCUUCGAAGAUGGCUACCGAAAACCAGUGGCUCGAGCAGAGCCGAUAAUGCAAAAUGGACAAGCUCCUACGCAGAAUGGACGAUAUCAUAACUGGUAUAAUCAACACUCAGCAGACAAUAUGGAGAUUAUUGGCUUGGACGAUUCGCCUAAGAUGUACGACAAAAGGCGUCACUUCGAGGAUUUAGCAGACCCGCAAAUAAUCUUGGAGUUGGACGAGUCGCCAAAAAUGGGCGAAAAGUGGCGGCAUGCAGACAAUCAAAACGCAAAAAGCAUGAAUCAGUCAGCUGUCACUAUGGAAGCCCAACUCCGUUAUUACCAGCUAAAAGAACAACAUAAAUUGGAAGAUCAGAACAGACAGAUAAAUGCACAACACAGAGAAAAUUUGAGGCAGUUCCAACUUAACCAGAACCAAGUAACGGCGCAGUUACAGUCUACCGGACACCAGGUAGGGACGCAGUUACAGCAUAACGGACAGCAGGUAGGGACGCAGUUACAGCAUAACGGACACCAGGUAGUGACGCAGUUACAGCAUAACGGACACCAGGUAGGCACGCAGUUACAGCAUAACGGACACCAGGUAGGCACGCAGUUACAGCAUAACGGACACCAAGUAGGGACGCAGUUGUACUCUAACGGACACCAGGUAAGGACGCAUUUGCAGUCUAAUGGACACCAGAUAGGGACCCAGUUGCAGUCUAACAAUCAUAUGGUAGAGACGCAGCUACAGUCGAAUGGCGAUGCGCAAGACGAAAUAGACGGUCAUGCUGAACAAACCGUCCCGAAGAAAAGGAAAAAAUCACGUCGUAACCUUCCCAAAAGAAUCAGAGAUAGCGAGGACAGUAAGUGGUCAAUGGGCUACACACGAGAGACUGUUAUCCAACUCAAACGGAACCCGUCGUCAAUAAGUAAUUCUCCGACAGCAUCCAAAGAUUUCGAUCCUGAAAACCCUCCAGGAAUUCUUAAAUAUCGUGAUUCUGAAUUGAGUGACUAUGAUUCAGUUCUUGGUGAUUCACUCGACGCAUAUGAAGAUUUUGAUGACGUUGACAGACCACGGAGUGGUUUUUUUGAUAAACUCACUCGUCGUAGUCCGUCUCCAAAACAAACCUUAGCUGUCGCGCCUUACAGACAAUCGGGCGUAGAAAACCACCAACAUGUUCCAGUGGAUCAGUUCUUAACAUUAGAUCCGAAGCAUUUGAAAGCACACGUAGCCACAUAUAGUCCUAGUAAAUUGAGUCCUAGUCAAUUAAGUCCGACCGGGAGGGAAGGAAGGUACUCAUAUUUCUCUCCAGAAGAGGAUUUUGAUCAUUCGUUUGCCAAGUCCUAUCCUGAAUUUGUGCAAUCCAAAGCGAACCAGCCGAAGGAUGUAUUACCACAGUUACACAUAAAUAGUCAAAGUGGCUGGCAAACGUCCUCGGAGAUCAGUAAUGGCGUCGUCAGUUCCCCAAAACAAUAUGUUAAAUACAACAGGGCUGGCGAAGAGUUAAGAUGUACAUCGUUAUGAAGAAUAAGACAAGUUUUUAUAGCUGCUUGCGCUAUUAUGGAGUAAGCGGUUUGGCGCAGUGGAAAUGGUUUGAUUUCUCACUGUCAAAAUCGGGGUUUCAAUCCUUCGAUGUGCAUUUCGCUUGUGUCCAUUAAGCAAAGCAAUUUAUCUACAUUGCUUCAGUCUACCCUACAGCGGUAAAUGUAUAAUAGUGAAUUCUGGGAGUAACCUGUGGUAGACCUUGACUCAAUGGAUGUUUUGAUAUACAGAUAGUUUACAAAGGCUAUUCGUUGCAAAACUUAAAAUGACUGCAGUUUAUAUUUAUAAUCUAAGAGAAUGUCAAGAGCAAUUUUCAAAGAGUUCAUUCUUUUGAUAGUGUAAAACCUCUGCUGAUCUAGAGGCAAUGAUCUGAAAUUUUCCUUGAAAUUUCAUAGACUUACUAACAGCGCCAAAAUUUUUUUUACAAAACAUCUUUUUUUACCGGUACCUGUCGUUUUUAUUACUAAAACAUUGUGUGGUAAAGAUAACGUUAUUGAAUAGACAUUAAGUCUUGAUAUUUGUUGUAAUUAGCCAUGACAGAUUUGACAAUGCAUCGAUUUUAACAUGUUACUUGUAUUGUACAUAUUUCCAAGCCGCUUUUCAUGUUCAUGAUGACAUAAGUUGUGGUGUGUAGACUUUGUGCUGGAUGCUGUGGGUCUAAUUGAUUAUGAAAGGAUUAACCAUGGCCAUAGAGGAGAGGAAAAUCCAGGAAUUUGGCGUGGGAUGGGGAGGUUAGCGAAGCUCUAAUCGAGGACCCAGAGUUUUGAGUGGUCCUUUCCAUAUAUCCUGGACGCUCCACAGUUUUAACCAACUUUUUCUCUUAUAUUUUGUUUUAUAAUUAUCAAUUACACACUUGAUAAGCGAGUUUGGUCACUGCCAGGUCGAGCGCUCCUUAAGCCCGUCCCUCUGGGUCCAUUACUGCGAGUAAUUUUUACAGAGAUGUCAGUUAACUUCAUACGAUUGUCUAAGUACAAUUGUAGUAUGAGAAUUCGAAUUACUCAUCAUUAUAAUAGGGCAUUACACAAUUACCGACAACAGCUUACAAUAGUUAAUAGCAUUGUACAUAUAUUGUAGCUUAUGAUUCAGAUCGACUGAACGUUAGCCUACAGAAAACAAUGGACCUUCCGCUAAGGCAGCCCCUUGGAUAUAUUGUUGCUAUGGUUCCACAGAACAACACCGUAAACGUACGUAAACACGUGUGCUCGUGGGACAUGCGCGUAUUCCUGGCCCUUCUCUAAUUGGUCAGUUUUAAGUUUGACAAUCCGGAUAGGUCCAUUGUAGACGGUGCUAUAUUCUUAUUUUUCUUAUCAAACUGAUAAUAAUGCUUCCCUUUUUAUUGAUGAUUUAAUACUCAAAUAUUCUUGCCAAUUGUUUUCUUUUAUUGUUCUUUCUGAAAUCAAUAAUGGUUUGUCUUCUUUGAUUUAUCAUAUAUUUACCUCCAAUUAGGCCUAUAAUAAGUAGAUUUUAUAUGUUUUAGACCUAGGCCUAUCCUAUUUCUUUCAAACAGGGUAUAAUUGAUCGAGAGGUUAAUUACAGAUUAGAUCAAAUUCAAACCAUAUUGGCACUUGUACCAUACCGAUGAUUUCGAUAAAUUAAAACCGUUUGUUCAAAUCAUAUUUGACAAGAGUUUUCUAAAAAGUGACGGUGACGGUACAUGUUCAUUUAUGCACUAACAAUUAUUUUAUGAGGCUGGGGAGUGAAGUUAUUUUGGUUGUUUGAAAAACCUCGAUGUUUUGUUUUAGUACCGUAAAUGCUCGUGAAUUAGGCGCCGUACCAAAAGUGAUUUUUUUCGCUAAACGCCGCUCUCGAAUAGGCGCCGUGGCGCCUAAUCGAGAGGGUUAUAUCACCCUGUGUUUAAUUAAACACGAAACAGGGUUUUAAAUACAAUGUACACGGUUUUAAAAUGAAUAAACAAUACAAAUGAAGACACAAGUAUGUCUUUAUAAACGUUUAUUUACGAUGACUUUGGACCUAUGAUAGGCCUACCGUACUACGGGAAUGCGUGAGAUACGUAACAUGGGAACGGGCAUGAAAAGCGCCACGCUAAUAUUUUUUUAUAAGCGCCGCAUUCGAAUAAGCACCGCACCGAAGCCUCCAAAUAAUAUUUUAAAAGCGCCUUAGUCGAGCAUUUACGGUAUUGACCUUCGGGUCAUUUUAGUACCGGAGGGCAAGCAACAUAUCAUAAACCAACAAAUCAUGGAUCCGCUCCAACACGAAUGUGGCAUUAUUUUUCAAUCUUCAAUGUAGAUUUGGAAUCUCACAUUAUUGAACACUGAUGACUGACAAUUAGAAAAUAGAUGUUCAAUACUACAGUUUUCAAGCAUGUUUAUAGAUAGGUCCUAUAUUUAUGUAAUACUGAUUUUAAAUAUUUAGAGUUUCGUAAUUCUGAUUUGAUGCAAUAAUAUUGCAGCUAAACUGUACAUAAUUUAUCCGAGAAAUAUUUUUUUUUAUUUGGUUGUGUAAAUAUUGAUUCACAAUUUUAUAAUCGAAUUAAAAUGUACAUUUAUAGUAUAAUAAUUAUAUUAAUAUCAUUAAUACAUAAUAAAUGUAUGAUUAAUAUUGGUAUAAAUAGACGUUGAUUAUCAGUCUCGUUGUUUGGUAUGUGAAGUUUUUCGAGUGUUUCUUUCAUGAUAACCUUCUCUCACUAGCACUGAAUGAUGGGUCUGGCGGCAAAAGUUACCAGAACGAAAGAAGUACAGUGUUUUAAAGACCAAAAUGUCCAUAGUAAUCGUUUAAAUUAAGCAUCUAAAUACAUCAAAGGCUGUAGCUUUGGGGAUAACCCUUAAACGCCUAGCAAAACACUGCCUUUGGACCCCGCUCGCGGGGCCGUUGUCAACCUCAGGACCACCGUCACUGGAACUCCGGUAGCACAGAGUAUGCUU